GAAGCUUCAGCCGGAAGUGGGUGAGAGACCCGAACAUGUCGGCCGCCUGGUUCCUUCGCUGGGGCCUGAGCCGAACCGGAUCCUGGCUGCUCCCGCCGCCUGCGCGCUUCCCCCGCCGGGCUCUGCACAAGCAGGUAGACGGCACCGAAUUCCAAAGCAUCUACAGCCUGGACAAGCUCUAUCCCGAGUCCAAAGGGCCGGACACAGCCUGGAGGGUACCGGAUGACGCAAAGCAAGCCAGCAGUGACAUUCCUAUAGAUCGCUUGACAAUAUCAUAUUGUCGGAGUAGUGGUCCUGGGGGGCAGAAUGUUAAUAAAGUGAAUUCCAAGGCUGAAGUCAGGUUCCAUUUGGCAACUGCUGACUGGAUCGCAGAACCCGUGCGCCAGAAGAUGGCCAUCAUGCAUAAAAAUAAGAUCAACAGGUCAGGAGAGUUGAUUCUCACCUCUGAAAGUAGCCGCUAUCAGUUCCGGAAUCUGGCAGAUUGCCUACAGAAAAUUAGAGACAUGAUUGCCGAGGCCAGCCAGACACCCAAGGAACCAUCCAGAAAAGAUGCUGUACUCCGGAGAAUCAGGGUAGAAAACAUGAAUCGGGAAAGGCUGAGACAAAAGAGAAUCAAUUCUGUCAUAAAGAGAAGCAGGCGGGUAGAUAUGGACUGAAUCACCCUCUGUGGCCACCAAGACCACUCUUCAGGACAUUUUGGCAGCGGAGACCUGAACGCUGGAAAGAGCUUCCCUUCCUCCCUCCCUCCCUCCCUGCCUCCCUUCGUUCCUUCCUGUUUGCUCAUGCUCACCAUCUUCA